AUGUCACUCACUUCAACACUGACUGCCCGGAGCAAGGCUGCCCAUUGCCCGAAACAACCAAAUGUUGUCGAUAUUGAUGCUCAAGAUGUUGAUAAUGAAUUGGAUAAUGUAGACUAUGUUAAAGACAUAUACGAAUUCUACAAACUUGUUGAGAAUGAAACCAUAGUUCAUGACUACAUCCAUACACAACCUAAGAUGGCCGAAAAGAAAAGGGCAAGUCUGAUCGACUGGCUGAUAGAGGCUCAUAAUGCAUUCGAUCUCAUGAAUGAGACAUUGUACCUUACAGUCAACAUCGUUGACAGUCUUUUGGUGUCUAAAAUUUUCGCUAAUAGAGAACUAACGUGUGUAGGAGUUGUUGCAAUGCUUAUUGCAUCAAAAAUAUGUAGAAAUGUAGACAAAUCCAAUGGUGUAUGGUUUUGUGGAAAUCUUGAAUAA